UGUUUGGUUUCGUGAAACCCAGUAAGUUCCCCCUUGGAAAUGGAUUCACACCCUGGCAAGAGAUCUUCCCCAAGCAGGAAAGAAGCUAUUAAAGGAUUCCAUUCUCCUCUUCCCUCCCUGUGUCCAGACUCUCCCUGAUCUCCAUUCCAUGAAGAUGAUUUUGUGGAGGAAGAACCCCUGCCUAAAACAUUACCUGUGGGCCCUGGGCUGCUAUAUGCUGCUGGCCAUCGUUGCACUGAGACUUUCUCUCAAACUGAAAUGUCGUUUUCAUCACCUGGAUCUGGAAUCCAAGGACUUUCUAAGCCAGCAUUGUAGGGACAUACUGUACAACUCCCUGAAGUUGCCAGCAAAGAGAUCCAUCAACUGUUCUGGGAUCAUCCGAGGGGACCAGGCAGCAUUGAUCCAGGCUCACCUGGACAACCUGGAGACCAGGAAGAAGCGGGAGCCUUUCUCAGAUGCUGACUACCUCAACCUGACUAGAGACUGUGAGCACUUUAAGGCCGAAAGGAAGUUUAUAAAGUUCCCCCUGAGCAAAGAAGAAUCAGACUUCCCUAUUGCGUACUCUAUGGUGGUCCAUGAGAAGAUUGAAAACUUUGAAAGGCUGCUGCGAGCUGUGUAUGCCCCACAGAACAUAUACUGCAUCCAUGUGGAUGAGAAGUCUCCAGAAACUUUCAAAGAAGCCAUCAAGUCAAUUAUUUCAUGCUUCUCAAAUGUCUUCAUGGCCAGUAAGCUGGUCCGGGUGGUUUAUGCCUCCUGGUCCAGGGUGCAGGCUGACCUCAACUGCAUGGAAGACUUGCUCCAGAGCUCAGUGCCUUGGAAAUAUUUUCUCAAUACAUGUGGGACAGACUUUCCUCUCAAGACCAAUGCCGAGAUGGUUCAGGCCCUCAAGAUGUUGAAUGGGAAGAAUAGUAUGGAGUCAGAGAUACCUUCCGAAUACAAAAAAAAUCGCUGGAAAUAUCACUAUGAGACGACAGAUGCGCUGUACAAGACCAGCAAGCAGAAGGACCCUCCCCCUUAUAAUUUACGUAUGUUCACAGGGAAUGCCUAUAUUGUGGCUUCUCGAAACUUCAUCCAACAUGUCUUGGAGAAUCCCAAAUCCCGACAACUGAUAGAAUGGGUAAAAGAUACCUAUAGCCCCGAUGAGCACCUCUGGGCCACCCUUCAGCGUGCACCAUGGAUGCCUGGCUCUGUUCCUUACCACCCCAAGUAUGACAUCUCAGACCUGGCUGCCAUUGCCAGGCUGGUCAAGUGGCAGGCCCAUGAGGGAAACAUCAGUGAGGGGGCACCAUAUGCACCGUGCACUGGAAUCCACCAGCGGGCUGUCUGCAUUUAUGGGACUGGGGACCUGCACUGGAUGCUUCAGAACCAUCAUCUGUUGGCCAACAAGUUUGACCCAAGGGUGGAUGAUAAUGCUCUCCAGUGCUUAGAAGAAUACUUACGUUAUAAGGCCAUCUACGGGACUGAACUCUGAGACACACUAUGAGAGAAUUGCUACCUGCAGGACAGGAACUUGAGCACACAUGCCCAGAAUUUGCUGGGACAAUGUAGGGGUAGGAGACCGGGGCUCUGGAAUCUGUGGCAAUCUGCAGGGUAAGGGGACUGCUAUUGGAGUGUGGGUAAGUAGAUCUGCUGCCUUGCUAAUUACUGCCCUUCUGUGAAUGCUUACUAAUCUCUUACCCUAUCUCCAAUAGCUCCACUAACUUUCUCACAGAGUGAGAUAGGGAGGGAAGUGUGGCAGAGGACCCUGAAUUUUGGGCAAAUGCUUUUAUGCCAGCUUUUCCACUCUGUGGAGAUGACUUUCCUAUCAAUUCUAGGCUUGAUGGGGGAGGGAGGAGGAGUGCUUCACUAGGGAAGAGCACCCAAAAGAUAGCUUGAUGGAAAGUUGUACUAUCAACUUAAAAAUAAAUAGUUCCUGAUUCAAAGCCCUACCUCUACUCUUUGUCUGAUAACCCAGGGAUAAGAUAAAGAAAUAUAAGAAAAUGUACAAGACCAUUUUCUCAUAACUAUUGGUGACAUUUAAAGUCCCUGGAGGCUGGGAAGAGAAUCCCCGUUAUUCGGAAAUGGUCGUGGCCAGUUCUGUAUGAAGAGAAAAGUCACAAGAAUAUAGAGUAGCUGAUUCUUUUGUUACUUAAAGUCCCCCUCACUUUGUUUACAUUGCCAGAUUCAUGUCUUUUCUGUAAGGGAAAAGGCAGAGUGAAUUAACCAGUUUGACCACCCAUUUCCUUAUGGGAAAAUUACGGCACUAAUUUUGCCAACUUCAUAGCCAAAGCUUAAAAUUCCAUAACAAAGUUAUAAUAAAUUAUAAUUUAUUGUUCAAACUGGACCACAUUUGAGUGUAUGUGGGGGG